GGAGGAUUUGCAUUUGGAUGAGCGCAUUAUGCAGUUUUUGUCAAUUGUCAACACCAUGUUCACCAAGAUCAACCAGCAGGAGCAGCCGCACUUCCAUGCCCGCCACUACUCUGUUACCCCCCUUGGAACCAGAUCAGGACUUAUCCAGUGGGUGGACGGAGCCACACCACUGUUUGGCCUCUACAAGCGCUGGCAGCAGAGGGAGACUGUGCUGCAGACUCAGAAGGCCCAAGACUCAUUCCAGCAACAGCCAGUGCCUCCAGUGCCCCGCCCUAGUGAGCUCUAUUACAGCCGCAUUGGUCCAGCUCUAAAGGCAGUGGGGCUCAGUCUAGAUGUGACACGACGAGACUGGCCCCUGAGCGUCAUGAAGGAGGUGCUGAAAGAGUUAAUGGAGGCCACACCUUCCAACCUGCUGGCCAAGGAGCUGUGGUGUUCCUGCACCACACCCAGUGAGUGGUGGAGAGUCACUCAGUCUUACGCCAGAUCCACUGCUGUUAUGUCGAUGGUGGGGUACAUCAUCGGCCUUGGCGACCGCCACCUUGACAAUGUGUUGAUUGACAUGACUACUGGAGAGGUGGUGCACAUUGACUACAAUGUAUGCUUUGAAAAAGGGAAGAGCCUUCGGGUGCCAGAGAAGGUCCCAUUCAGGAUGACCCACAACAUUGAGACUGCUCUGGGAGUCACUGGCGUGGAGGGUAUCUUCAGGCUGUCCUGUGAACAGGUGGUUCAGAUGAUGCGUCGGGGCAGAGAGACCCUACUCACCCUGCUGGAGGCCUUUGUCUAUGAUCCCCUGGUGGACUGGACUGCUGGGGGGGAGGUGGGCUUUGCUGGUGCAGUGUAUGGAGGAGGAGGCCAACAGGCCGACAGCAAGCAGAGCAAGAGGGAGAUGGAGAGAGACAUCACACGCUCUCUCUUCUCCUCCAGGGUGGCUGAGAUUAAGGUAAACUGGUUUAAGAAUCGUGACGAGAUGCUGGCAGUGUUGCCACAAGUGGAAGAGGCAGUGGAGGAGUACUUGGUCCUACAGGAGCUGCUCUGCCAGGGGGAAAAACUACAAGCCAAACUUCAGGAGGAGAUGGCCUUCCUGGAGGGGGCCGAGAACCAUCCAGAUCAUCUAAUCCUCACCCUCGAGCAAAGGUACUCUGAGCACACUCAGCUGCAGUCACGGCAGCGGACUGUGCAGGAGGCCAUUCAGAGCAAACUGGCUGACCUGGACCAGUGGAUCACCCAGUACCAGGCAGCAUUUUCCAACCUGGAGGCCACCCAGCUGGCCAGCCUGCUGCAGGACAUAAGCAGUCCCAUAGAUCUUGGUCCUCCUAGCUAUGUACCAGCUACAGCCUUCCUGCAGAAUGCAGGCCAGGCCCACCUGAUCAGCCAGUGCGAGAGCCUGGAGGCAGAGGUCAGCUCCUUGCUGCAGCAGCGCCGCGGGGCCCUUCAUGGCUGCCUGGAGCAGCUGCACAGCUAUGCCACAGUGGCUCUGUUGUACCCACGGGCUACCGUGCUGCUCCAUCGCGCCCACCAGUGGAAGGCUUGGUUGGAGGAACUGCUGACAGACAUGACAGCGGAGCAAUGCCAGCACGUCUGCAGACAGUAAGAACUCCAGCAAGCUUUC